AAAAUAUUAAUAUAACCCUUUAACCCCUAAUUACUAUCGGAAGUACAGAUGUAGUUGAAAUUCAAAAGUUUCUAUAAAUUUCUUUAGAGAACGAAAUUUAUUACUAUCUAAAAACUACUAUGGAACAUCUUUUCGGAUUCUUGACUAUUUAACGGUGUUCUGUUUUCAAAAACCUUCAUUUAACUAAUAUUUUAAAACGAGCAAUUUCAUUCGCGCGUCAAGGGUCUGCAAUAAAGAUUAAAAAAAACACUGCAAUACUAUUUCGUAGGUGUAUUAUUACGACACUGCAGUCUAGGUUUUUCCAUUCUUGCGAUUGUAAUCUUCUAACAGUGAAUGGUCAUUAAAACGAAAAACUUAUCUUUUGGCUUGCAAAUAAAAUCGUACCACAUUUAAAAAUUUUCUGUAUUAAUAAUUGUACUUAAACACUUUCCAUAAACAUUGUACCUACGAGAAAUGAUAUACCACAUGUUUUUCAUAAAUAGCAUGUCCCGUCUGCACCUCUGAUGCUUUCAGUUUGAGAGAAACAGAAAAAUAUGGCAAACUGGACCAAAAAGCGACGUCUGGCUUGUGAGCCUGUUGUAGCAGAGGAAUAUCCAUUACUCGAAGUAAUAACAGAUAUGUUUUGCUGGGGUAGUAAUAUAAGCGGGGAACUGGGUUUAGGUGAUAUCGAGGAUAAGAAUAUUUUAACACCCCGUGAAAUAAACUUUAAAACAGCAGGGGAAAUUGAACAAAUUGCGUGUGGUGAAAAUUAUACGAUAGUUAUUACCCGUGAUGGCCAAAUAUAUUCAUGUGGAACAAAUGAUUCUGGACAACUCGGCCAUAAGGGAAGUAAAAGAUUGCAGUUGGUACCUGACUUGGAUGCAUUUGUAUUUAAAAAGGCAGCUUGUGGCGAGCACCACACGGUAGUAGUAAAUGAAUGGGGGCAGCUGUUUAGUUGGGGAUUUAACGGAGAAAGCCAGCUAGGUUUAUAUCCAAAAAAUAUUAUCGAGUGUACGCCGUGUAUGGUAAAGGCACUUGGUACUAGCGUAAUUGUGCAAAUAGCUUGCGGCGCGAAACAUACGCUCGCGUUGACAAACAAUGGUGAAUUAUACAGUUGGGGUUCUAAUAACAAAGGGCAACUUGGUUUGGAUUCUCACAUUAUAACCCGUAUAAAGCCUAAACUUGUAAGUAGUCUAGUCGGUGUGCCUAUUGCUUUUAUUGCCUGCGGAUGGUAUCACAGCAUAGCCAUAUCAAAAUCAGGAGCUAUAUUCGGCUGGGGCAAAAAUACGUUUGGUCAAUUGGGGCUAAACAACACACAGGACACAUACAUUCCUUGCCAGUUGCAAACCUUACAAAAUGCAAAAGUAUGUUACGCAGCGUGUGGCGAAGAAUUUUCUGUAUUUUUGACAUUGGAUGGUGGAGUAUUCACAUGCGGAGCAGGAAUGUAUGGUCAGUUGGGACAUGGAAAUAGCUCGAAUGAAAUUUUGCCUCGUCAAGUUAUGGAACUUAUGGGUAGCACAGUUACACAGAUCUCGUGCGGUAAAAGUCACACAUUGGCACUGGUGCCAUCCCGUGGUAGAAUUUACGCAUGGGGUGUGAGCAGGUCAGGACAAUUGGGCUAUGGUUUAACACGUAGCGUAGCCACUCCACAGGUAGUACACGGACCAUGGGUUGCCCCUAAUGGCACUGCAAUGAUCGAUCUUGACAAGGAAUUCAGUUUCUCCAGCAUCGACUGUAUAGUUACACAUAUUUUUACUGGUGGCGAUCACUGUUUUGCAACCGUAAUUCCACGGAAGGAUAAUGUAAAACCAGAUGACUGUAGAAUAUUAGGAUCCUCUUAUCGAAUUCUUGAAAUAAACGAGGAACAAUUAAUGGCAUGUCAGAGAGUCCCACCAAGCUCGCCCAUUGAUCAUGACCUUAUGAUAUAUUUAGAGACUGUAUUUAAGAGUCAAGCAUGUUUGAAUGGAUCAUUUUUGCUUAACGAUAACCACUAUGGAUGCUCAAGUAAACAACACGGACUGGAUCUGAAUCGAGCGAGUAGAUCAUUUGGAAUUAUUAGGGAAUUGGAUAACAACACGAUUCAAGAACUGAUAUUUACUUGCAUAUCAGAGAGCUUGAUUCCAUCCUGCGCUAGUUUACCAUCUAGCGUAUAUUGUCCGGAAUCUUUAAGAAUCUUCUUAAUAUUACCUUUGUAUCACGGUUUUGCAGAUCCCAUUAAUCGUAAUUUAUUGCAUAAACCAUUUUGCAAAGCUGUUUUAGCAUUAAAACCAGAGGUGCUUGAAAUUGUAUCUAAAUGGUGGGCGGAAGCACCAUCGCACUAUUUCGAAAGAUUAGUCAGAAUUCAUAAGUCGGUUGUUCUUCAGUACGUAAAAGAAUCGAAAACAACUAAGGUUGUGUCGUGGGAUACGACGCUUCAACUUGUCUUAGAUUUGUUACGUUUGUUGAACAAAUUGAAUAAUGAAGGCAAAGAAAGGAAUAUUGUGCCGUACGCUACGUUUCAUUUACCAGAAUUGAUAGAGUAUAUAGACAUUAGAGACGAUUAUGUAAAGUGGAUCGUAGAAAAGGAACAUUAUUCUUGCCAGAAGGUGUUCUGUAACUAUCCUUUUCUUCUCGACGCUCAAGCAAAGACCAUAUUGCUUGAAACGGACCAAGACAUUCAGAUGCAGUCAGCGAUAAACGAGGCUGCGACGAAUGAAUUGUUUUUGUACCAAGGGCUCCAGAAUAUUCAAUUUGUGCUGUUCAAUGUGUCGCGUGAGAAUAUAGUUCCAGACACUUUAUGGGAAUUGUAUAACUACCAUUACAAAGACUUGAAGAGACCUCUACGAGUGAAGUUUCUCAAUGAGGAAGCAGAAGACGCGGGAGGCGUUAAAAAAGAAUUCUUUAUGCUUCUGUUAAAAGAAAUUCUUGAUCCAAAAUAUGGUAUGUUUAAGCAAUACGAAGAGACCAGAAUCAUUUGGUUCAGCGAAGACUCUUUCGAGGAUGAGAAUAUGUAUUUUCUAAUCGGAGUCAUUUGUGGACUUGCCAUUUACAAUUUCAUUAUUAUCGAUUUACCAUUUCCACUGGCUUUAUAUAAAAAGUUGUUGCACGAGCCAGUCGGACUGAUCGACGUUAAAGAAAUGUCGCCAGUGGUCGCCAAGGGCAUGCAAAGCGUACUUGAUUACGACGAAUCAGAUUUCGAAGAAGUCUUUUGUUUGAAUUUCGAGGUUGUCAGGGAAGCGUUUGGUGAGAAAAGAAUAUACGAACUUAUACCAGGAGGUAGUAAAAUUCCUGUUACAUUGAAAAAUAAAAAACAGUUUAUUGACUUGUACGUAGAUUAUAUACUGAACAAAUCUGUUGAAGUUCAUUUUAAAGAAUUUCACAAAGGUUUCCAUAAAGUUUGCGGCGGACGAGUGUUAGAAUUGUUUCAUAGUUACGAAUUAAUGGCAGUGGUAGUAGGAAACGAAGAUUACGAUUGGGAGGAGUUGGAAAAGAAUGCAAUGUACAAAGGAGGGUAUACGAAAAACGAUCCCACGAUUCUACUGUUUUGGCAAAUAUUUCGUGAACUGCCUUUGGAAGAGAAGAAAAAGUUUUUAUUAUUUUUAACCGGAAGCGAUAGAAUACCUAUACAAGGCAUGAAAGCGAUCAAGAUUACGAUGCAACCAUUGGGCGAUGAACGUAGGUUGCCCGUCGCUCAUACGUGUUUCAAUUUACUCGAUCUCCCACGAUAUCAGACCCAAGAACGAUUACGAUACAAGCUGCAACAAGCUAUACAACAAACACACGGUUUUUCGUUAGUCUGAAACUUUUUUCCUAUUUAGUUGUACAACAUUUGCAUAAUACGGCGUAAAAUCUUAAUCGGAAUUUUGUUAUCUUACACCGCAAGAUUGAAUGAAUUGAUCCUUAGUAGUAAGAAUUUGGAGUAAUAUUAUUAUGCAAUGAAACGAGAUUGAACAAUUAACAACAGUACGCGCAACGAACGGGCUAGGAAAAGAAAAUGCAUCACUUUAGCGAGACACACGAUUUUAUAAAUACGAGUAUUAUAAACGAUCUAUUAAACGAUUUAUUUAAAACGAUAGAAUAUUUAUAAUACCGCAAAUGAAUUUGAAUUUAAAAAGAAAAGCAAGAUGAUUUCAGGGGAAAUUGUUAGCAAAUAAACUUCAAUCAAAGAUCAUAUUCCUGAUAGAUUAUUUUUUUAAUGAUUAAACGUACGAUUAACGUGUUAUUUUUAACGAAUAAGAUAAUCGCCCUCGAUGUACAUGUUUAAUACUUAUUUAAACGAUAGACCACGAGAGUGUUGAUGGUCGACUCUUAGCAUUUAUUUAUUAAUCGCGAGUAAAUGUUUCUCUUACCUUACUAUUUCAAUUAUAAGGUUGCAAAUGAAUAAAAAUGUGAUUUUUUUCAAGCAUUCACCACUAGCAAAGUUAGGAAAAUUUUAUUCACAAAUAACGGAUAAACAUUUGUAGAUUCGUUGAUAAACUGAUUUUCGCCCGCGGAUUUUCUUCGUUGUUUUUUCAAAAAAUCUGUUAAAAAAUGAUAAUUUUAAGAAGGAAACGCAAGCGAAAGUCAAUUAACGAAUUG